ACUUUUUCUGUUGUGAUACUAACAUAGCGUGACACUUUCUGUGACUGUCCCAAAUACACUACUACACACAUGCCUCUCGUUCUAAAUUCACUUGCAUUUGUGUUAACUGAAGUCUAAAGCAAGUACCAUUUAUCUUUACAGACGAUAAUUGGAAUAUACCAUAUUUAUUACUUAAUCAUAUCAUUGGGGAACCCAUCACACUCGCAGGAAUUAUUAAUCCUCUAUAAUUGUGGAUAUUUAACACCAGAUCAAUUUGGAACACGCAAUCUCCUGGUAAAAUAAGUAACGUUCCUUAUUUCUAUUGUGUUUAUGACAUUUAACUUAUAUAUCUUUAAAUAUUGCUAUUUGUUAUAAAUAACUAUUAUUACCUUUUGGAUUAAUAUAUUAUCUGGUCCACCACAAUUAUUUGGUGAGCCUAGAGUGUAUUUUAGUUUUAUUGUUUAUAUUUCUACUUGAAACAAUAGUUUUUUUUAUAUCAUGAACUCUCCAAAUAAACUUAUAGAUAUGGAAUGUCCCCCAAUGAAACCCCUUGAUUCAUUACAUACAGAAAAUAAUAUUUUAAGUUCAGUGAAUGCCAUUACUGAGUUAAGAUUACCACAUAAUGUGAGACAAAUCCCUAGCGUCUCAGGGCGAACUGUCGCUCUCGAGGAUUUAGCCGACAUGGCGGACAAGAUGAUGGAGAUCUACCCCGACAAGCAUUGUCUAAACGCGAUACAAACUUCUGGUAAUGGCGAUACGAACACAACACUCAACAUUCAGCAACAAUUAACACAGUUAACAACUCAGUUAGCGUCAUUACAGGCUACUAUUGCGAGUAUUCAUUCUCGACCUAAUACAUCCCUUUCUAGAAAAAGAGCAGAGUCAAGACAUCGUUCAAGGUCUCCCAAGAAGACAGUAGGUAUUUGUUGGUAUCACCAAAAAUAUGGCACCAAAGCACGGCGUUGCACAAGACCGUGCACAUUUUCCGCGGCUGACUCAGAGAAUCAGGGAAACGAACUGGCCAGACAGUAGUGGCGGCGACUGUUUCUGGCCACACAACGAGCCGUCUAUUUCAUGUCAGGGACCGAAUUUCGGGCUCAGAUUUUUUGGUCGAUACAGGGGCCGAAAUCAGCAUUAUCCCAUUGCACCUCUCUAAACGACGGCACUCUCCAAGCAACAAAUUAUCCCUAGUUGCGGCCAAUAACACAACCAUUAAAACUUAUGGAGAUCAAUCACUUAUCCUAGACCUCGGUCUCCGCAGACGUUUCACGUGGGUUUUCAUUGUAGCUGAAAUUAAGCAACCCAUUCUCGGAGCCGACUUCCUAAGUUCCUACAAAUUAUUAGUAGAUAUGAACAACAAGAGGUUGAUUGACCGAUGCACACGUUUACAAGUAAAUGGUACGCUUGCUACUGACUAUGAGAUUUACGGUGUUCAUAUAGUAAAACCGGAAAACAAACUUUUCACUGACAUUCUGAAGGAAUACGAAUGUAUCACAAAAGUAAAUUAUCAGACGGAACCCACAGCACACCACGUACAGCAUCAUAUCAUCACUACGGGACCACCCAUUAGUGCUAAAGCAAGGAGACUUCCACCACACAAGUUACAGAUUGCUAAAAGAGAAUUUGAACAUAUGAUGCAACUCGGAAUAAUUAGACAAUCAAACAGUCCUUGGGCUUCGCCGCUGCACAUGGUUCCAAAGAAGGACCAAGAUUGGCGACCAUGCGGAGACUACCGAAGAUUAAAUAAUCAAACUAUCCCGGAUAGGUACCCCAUACCACAUAUACACGACUUCUCCUUAAAUCUACAUGGUAAACAAUUUUUUUCGAAACUUGACUUAGUAAAAGCCUAUCAUCAAAUUCCAAUGGCACCCGAAGACAUUGAAAAAACAGCCGUAAUCACUCCUUUUGGUCUGUUUGAAUUUUUGAGGAUGCCAUUCGGGCUAAAAAACGCCGCACAAACGUUUCAGAGGUUUAUGGACGAAGUUACACGAGGAUUAGACUUUGUAUUCGCCUAUAUCGACGAUGUUUUAAUCGCUAGUUCAUCACUCGAAGAGCAUAUCCAACACUUACAGAUCCUCUUCGAACGUUUCAAAAAACACGGUGUUGUUAUUAAUCCUGCUAAAUGUAUAUUCGGUGUUCCAGCCUUAGAGUUUUUAGGACACUACAUCAACUCCCAAGGUAUUAAACCUCUCCCAGAGAAAGUCGAAGGCAUCAUUAGCUAUCCAGAACCAACCUCUGUAAAAUCACUACGACGUUUCCUUGGGACAUGCAACUUUUAUCGACGAUUCCUACCGCAUUGCGCUGAAGUACUACAACCGUUAACUGAUUUACUGAAAAGCGAUAAAGCAGGCACCAAGAAAGAAAAGAACCAAAUGUUCAAAUUACCUCCUGAUGCCAAAGCAGCAUUUGAGAAAGCUAAAUCUAUGAUAGCCAACGCCACGAUGUUACAACAUCUAAAUACUGACCCCACAACCCAUCUGAUUCUGUGCACGGAUGCUUCACAGAAAGCCGUCGGGGCAGUACUGCAACAGCGGGUAAACGACACAAUUACCCCCAUCGCCUUUUUCUCGAAGAGAUUAUCGUCAGCACAAGAACGUUAUAGCACUUUUGGACGUGAACUUUUAGCUAUGUAUCUAGCCGUCAAACAUUUCAACUUCCUGCUACAGGGUCGUGAUUUCACUGUUAUGACUGAUCACAAACCCCUUUGCUACACCUUUAGCACUUCGUAUGAUAAGCAUUCUCCUCGGGAAGCCAGACAACUGGAUUAUAUUUCUCAAUUUACUACAGACAUCCAGUUUAUCAAAGGCUCUUCCAACAUUGUCGCUGAUGCUCUAUCUAGAAAGGACAUUAACAUGAUAGUACACAACGACAUCAGUCUCGAAACUUUAGCUAAACUCCAAGUAGACGAUGCAGAAUUAAAAGCCUGCCAAGAGAAGUCUAACUUGAAUCUUAAACCAAUACCCAUGCCUUUCUCAGAUACUUUCAUCAUGUGCGACACCUCAACAGGCAACAACCGCCCUUUCGUCCCAUACGCUUGCCGACGAGAAAUAUUCCGACACUUACACGGUCUUUCACAUCCAGGAAUCCGAGCCACAACUAAACUGAUUACCGAACGUUUCGUGUGGCCAAAGAUUAACUCAGAUAUAAAACGAUGGACUCGAAGCUGCCUACAAUGUCAACGCAGCAAAAUUCAAAAACACACAGUCAGUCCUGUUGGGAAGUUCCCUUUGCCGGAUAAACGUUUCCAACACAUCCAUCUAGAUAUAGUCGGUCCCUUGCCGCCAUCAAAAUCAUUCACACAUAUACUCACCGCAGUGGACAGAUUUACAAGAUGGGCUAUAGCAUGUCCCAUCGCCGACACCUCUGCAGAGACAGUAGCCGCUACAUUCCUUGACCGAUGGAUAUCAAACUAUGGAGUACCAUCUAUCAUCACUACAAAUCGUGGUCCCCAGUUUCAGUCUAUCUUAUUUCAGGAAUUCACAAGACUUCUGGGUGUGAACCACAUUAAAACGACAGCUUAUCAUCCAGUGGCUAAUGGUCUGGUCGAAAGAUUUCACCGCCAAUUGAAAAGCGCAUUGAUGGCACAAACUGAUACAACAAAAUGGAGUGACGCACUACCACUUGUACUCCUGGGAAUCCGUUCAACCAUCAAGGAGGAUUUAGGAUGCACUUCAGCUGAACUAGUUUACGGUACUACAUUAACAUUACCGGGUCAGUUGGUCGAGCAAGAAUCAAUAAUGUCAAAUGAUCCAAAUGGUUUCGCAAGCCGACUAUUACAAACGAUGCAACGCAUUAAAGCGAUACCUCCGCGCGAACAUAACAACCGCAUACAACUUGAUAAACAUCUAGAGGCCUGUAAAUUCGUUUUUGUUCGAGUCGACGCAGUGAAAAAACCAUUGAAACAACCGUACGAAGGACCUUACAAAGUAAUUAAACGAACAAACAAACAUUUCAUCAUCAAUAAAAAUGGAAGGAAUGAGACAAUUUCCAUAGACCGAAUAAAACCGGCUUUCUACGAAAUUCUUCAAGACGCGGAAGACAAUACUACGAACGAAUCACCACUCCCAUCUAUCGCUAAGAAACAAGAGGAAAAACAAAAACUUAACAGUACCCCCUCUUGUUUAACACGUUCUGGGAGACUUGUAAAAAAACCGAAACGUUAUGUACAUUUCGCCGUAUAAAAAAAAAAUUACAACCAAUCAAAACAAACAAUCAUCAAGGACCCACAAUAUCAAUCCUACUCAAUGUUUUUUUUUCCCUUUUUCACAGUGUACAUAAUUAAUCUUUUUUUUCACAAUUAUUCGUUUCGUCACAUUUUUUUUAAUAAAUAUAUAUAUAAAUUUUUUCUUUUUGUUACAAUAAUAAACGAGUAAUUACGUAUUCAAUGUACACGAAAAUAAACAGUUCAUUUUUUUGUGUGUGUGGGUUAUUAACAGUUUUGCACAUCAUUAUCAUUGAUAGUGUUUCCAUUUUUUUUUCUGUUCGUUACGCUAUGUUACAUUACUACUAUUCUCAAACGUUAACACAAUGCAUUUAACUAACGAAUAUGCCAUAUCUAUCUCCACAAAUUUUCUUGUUUAUAACUGUAAACAUUAUUUUUGUACAUAUGUAUAUAUCAUAUUCUUACAUUUUUUUUGUAAAUACAACCAGUUUUACCUCCGGAAACUCUGGGGGGGAGCUAUGUGGAGAUAGGUCUGUCAAACUUAUUUCGUAAAUAAUUUUUAAUAUUAUUUGUAUUCAUUUUGUCAAUCUUUCACUGUGUGUACAUUUAUUAUUAAAUCAUUGUACCUGUUGUUUUAGUAAAUGACCUUGAUCACUUUUUCCGUUGUGAUACUAACAUAGCGUGACACUUUCUGUGACUGUCCCAAAUACACUACUACACACAUGCCUCUCGUUCUAAAUUCACUUGCAUUUGUGUUAACUGAAGUCUAAAGCAAGUACCAUUUAUCUUUACAGACGAUAAUUGGAAUAUACCAUAUUUAUUACUUAAUCAUAUCAUUGGGGAACCCAUCACACUCGCAGGAAUUAUUAAUCCUCUAUAAUUGUGGAUAUUUAACACCAGAUCAAUUUGGAACACGCAAUCUC